GUAGUGCUCUGUGAUUGGUCAGGACCCGCUCUAGCAUAUUUGUCUGAGCUCGCUUCUCGCGUCUGGCGUCAUAAGCCGAAAGCCGCGCGCAAAGAGUAAACCGUACAGUGUAGAACACACAACACAACAAACGUCGUAAUAACAAUACAACACUUGUUCGUUCUAAAACAAAACCAGUGCCAGUUAAACUAAAAGUUUAAAAGUUAAAGUUCACCUGUGUCUAUUACUACCAUGUCUGACGUCGAGACCGAAGUUGUGGAGACCAAGAAGCGCGGCCGGCCCGGCAAACGCACCGCGAGAUGAAAAACGGCGGCGUCAAGGAUUCAGGAGACGAUGGCGGCAAGAGCCCGGCGAAACGAGGCAGAGGACGACCAAAAGGUAACGCCACGAAAGCCAAACCGAAAGCAGCCAAGGGGGCCCGAGCGACCGGCACCGGCAGAAGGGGGCGACCCGCCAAAAACGCACCCAAGCCGGCCGACAAAUCCGAGGAGGAGAACGAAGAGGAAGAGGAGGCGUCCGAAUCGGACGAAUAGACGAUAAAUAAUACUCAUUUAAUUAAUUAAGUUUAAUUCGUAUAGAUUGAUUCGUAUUUUUUAUUAGACCGGAUUUGAUUCUUUUUAAUGUAAACACAAACUGUAAUGGCGGAUUUUGAAUACGCGCCCUUUGUACUAGCUAUAUCUAAUUUUAU